CAGCUAAGAUCAGGCGUACCUGACCCCAUUUAUAGGUUGCUAAGAUGUUACAAACGCAUGAUGACUUUCAUAAGCCGCAGGGUGCCAGUACUAGUGCUGCGCUACCUUUUGGUGAACAGGUGAGCACCAGCGGCCUAGUACGUCCUGGUCUUAUAAAUACCAGCACUGCAGUAUCACUUGGUGACGUGGCAAGUCCCAUAAGUGCAGUACAAGCUGGUGUGGUGGCAAGUCCCAUAAGUGCGGUCCUGCGGCCACCAAGAAUUCGCACACAGGCCCGUACAGCCCCUAGUAUCCUUCCGGAUGUGCUUGCAAAUCCUGAUUGGCAGCCCACAAAUUCUGCAGCACCUGUACUUCCCCCAUUCACAGCCCAGAAUUCCGGUGGAAAUGACAAAUUUAAAUAUUCCCCUCGAUAUUUUGGAGUUGUUUUUUCACAGAUGAUCUGUAUGCAUUGAUUGUGGAUCAAGGAAAUUUAUAUACAUGGCAAUUUAUCACCGCCAACCCAAAUCCAAACCUUGCCAGACCAUUCACAUGGAAACCCAUUAUGGUUUCCAAAUUUAAAGUUUUUUGGGGCCUAACCCUCAACAUGGGCAUUACUAAAACAAAUGAAUUGCGGUUGCAUUGGUCCGCAGACCCGAUUCAUCAUAUGACCAUGUUCUCUGCUGCCAUGGCCAGGCAUAGAUAUGAGACGAUAUUGCGUUUUAUGCACUUCAACGACAACACACUCUGCCAUCCUCUGGGUGACCCUGAAUUUGAUCGGCUCCACAAAAUUCGGCCCCUCGUAAAUCACUUUAACCAAAAAUGUGCAGAUGUGUAUACUCCCCAGCAAAACAUCUGCAUGGAUGAGUCCCUCAUUAAUUUUUCUGGCUGCCUUGCAUUCAAACAAUUUAUCCCCAGCAAGCGAAGCAUGCAAGAUAUGGGGUCAAGAUGUAUAAGACCUGUGAGAGGGCAACAGGCUAUACAUAUAAGUUUUGGAUUUAUGAGGGAAAUGAUAGUCAUGUGGAGCCCCCUGGAUGCCCAGUCUACAUAGGGAGCAGUGGCAAUAUAGUUUAGGACUUGACGUCAUCCUUUUUCCAUAUGGGGUACCACUUCUUCGUGGACAAUUUUUAUUCAAGCGUGCCACUAUUUAGACAUUUUUGUAUAAUCUUGGA